AAAAAAUACAUGCAAUUUCACCCCUGAAUAACUUACAAAAAUCAAAAUAGAGGUUUAGGCCUAGUCAAAGUCUAGACAUAAAUUUCAAUUUCUAUGCUGGCACAUGAUCUCAAACAUGAAAACCUUUGAAUGUGGCUUAAUUAACAUAAUCCUGAAUAAAAAAAGGGUCAAGAGUCCCCAAUGUGAUGUAAAAGACUCGUUGCCAGUUAUUACAAAAGUUAAUUGCAGUUGUUGCUUUAAGCUAUUAGGUUUAAGGGGGAAGGACUUCUACACAAAGGGCCACUUAGAUUUGAUAGCCUUUUUUCCUCGAUAAACGAUAUCACUGGGAAACAUUUUUUUUAUUAACUCAGAAUCUGUUUAUUUGAUAUUAAAAUAGGUUUAAUUAUUUGAAAUAUUUAAUUAGGAUGGAAAAAGCAAUACAAUGUAUCUAUGGGGAGGGUAAUCUUUUUUUCACUGUGCUGUAAGCACACCAGAUAAUAUCGCUGCACAGUUUUACAUUAGAUUUUUUUUUUCCAUCUGCCAGACUUGAACGAAGCAUCCUUUUUUCAUCACUUUACACUUUUUUACUGCUCUGUCCAUGCAAUUUAUUAUUUUUAUUUUUUUUUGGAUUCCUUCCCUAAUGAUCUGAACCAUGUCAUGCCUCUUCCAUCCUUCUGCCCACGAGCUUCAGAUGGGAGCCAACAUUCCUCACGGAGAAAGAACCUUCUCCUGGAAGAUGUUGUCAGGACGACUGUGUUUCUAUUGGUGGCUGUGGAGGUGCCAUGGCAACCGGAGACUUCGGUCCAUUUAGGUUCAUUAAAUGUUGGGGUCGUUGAAGUCAAGGAGCUGGUGAAGAGCUCCAGGGGGCUUUAUAAAAGGUCUGAAGGGUCGAAUCAGAUCUCAGUUAAGAGUUUUAACAUCAGAGGAGCGGUUUUCACUCAGAGAGGAAAUAAAAUGCAGCUCUCCCACCGGCCUGUGCAGUUGUUUGCUGUGAUGGUUCUUGUCAUCUUUCCAACUGGCCAUUGUCAACAGAAUGAAAGCCGUCGAGCAGUGACUGAACACCAGUUGAUGCACGAUCGUGGUCGAAGCAUCCAGAGCCUAAAAAGGCACAUUUGGCUUUCCAGCGCUAUCGAGGGUCUUCACACGGCGCAGACCCGCUCCGCUGUGGCUGCUUUCACUCCUUCAAAGCUCCUCAACUCUCCUCUGAAUCCAGUCCUGAACCCAGCUAAAGAGAGCCCCCAACCUGCUCCGGUCCAGAAUAUGCUGAGAGACUUCUUUUAUCCCCACUUGAAUCAUCUCCUGGAUGAAGAGCCCUAAUGCCACACAAAUGCAGAAACGUAAAAUAAAAUAUACAGACAGAUUCA